AUGUCAUUUGUAAUAAAUCGCAUCUGUCAACUGUCAAGUAUUUCUUUAAUUAAUUGUGUUUUUGUCGGAAAAGAACACUUCUUAGUUUUAGAAUUAGGUUAAUUGGAACAAUGACUUCUUCGACGAAACUGAAGGAUAUAAAACCGGAGCCAGUGGCAUAUAGCGAUGUUGCGCUUAGAAAUAAUGCGGCGGUCGUAGAGUACUGUAGGACAUCCAUGGCUGCUUUAUCCGGAUCCACUGCAGGUAUCCUAGGACUAACUGGUCUUUACGGAUUCGCUUUCUACGUCUUCACAGUUAUCAUUCUAUGGUUAAUGUUUUUGAUUAAAGCUGGGCCUACAUGGCACAAAUAUUUUGUAUCACGGCAGAGUCUUCUAACAAACGGUUUCUUUGGUGCGUUAUUCACAUAUGUACUGUUUUGGACUUUUAUAUAUGGUAUGGUUCAUGUAUAUUAGAAUAUAUUUAGUGGAAAUGGUAAUAUAAUUAUAUAUUAAUAAUAAAUAAGAAUAUUAAUAAAAUAGUUAUAAUUUAAAUAGUUAUUGAUUAUGGUUCUAUGUUUGGGGUCAGAGUUCAAAAUGAAAUACUUUGUUUAAUUAAUUGUGUGCACAAAACCUCUGCUACUGUUAAGAUAAAUACCUAUAUACCCAGAAUGAGAAUGGUUUAGGCUAUAGUUCACUAAGCUGGCCAAAUGUGGAUUGAUGGACUAACCUUUGAAACCUUAUGGAGAACUCUUAGGCUAUACUCAAAAUGUAUGAAAGUUUCCGCAGAGUAAUAUUUGAUUACACACAAUGCACAUAAGCUAGAGAUGAUAGCGGUGUGUGCUGAAGUCCUAAAAACUAGCCUAUCAUCAUUUACUAUAGCAAAUUUUGCCUAUUGUUUAAAAACAAAUACAGAAGUCAGAUUAACAUUUUAAAAAAAUGUGUGAGCCUGACGCCUGACAUAUGUGAAACAUCAAAAUUUUUAUGCAUAAUAUUUAUAUGCAUAAAAUAACAGAUUACGACAGGAAUCAGUUAUGGCAUUUAUUAAAUAAAUAUGCAUUUUUAUUAAAUACAAAAAAUCCAAAUUUAAUAAUGUAUUUGAAAUCGUGACAACUUAACUACGUAUAGUAAAUAUAUUCCAUCAUAUUAUAUCGUGGCGAUGCGUUGCCACGGCCUGUAUUGCCACGCCAAUAAUCAGGUUUACGCUCGCCUAUAGAUGUUUCAUAUCAACAACUAACUUUGCACAGUUUUAUCCACAUUACCUAUAUUGGUUGUAUUACUAUUAUAGCCUAUUUCCUUCUUCAAUAAACAUAGGUACUGUCUUCUGUAAACAUAUGUUUUUUUUAUAUUGUUUAAAAAGUUUUCAAGAUUGGAGCAUUCAAAUAUACAAACGGACUUAAACUUUAUAAUAAUAAGUAUAGAUAUAUUAUAUUGAUUUGUAAGUAAGCCACAAUUUUAAAUUCGUUUAAUAAAAUACAGUGGUUUACA